AUGAAGAUCAAGGUUCAGGAGGCUGAAGAGCUGGCCAGGUCUGCGCUCCUGAAACUGGGGUAUAAACCUCACGACGCAGAGAUUACGGCUCGCCAUCUAAUCGAUAGCGAACUUAGAGGCUAUGGGGUCGCUGGGCUUGCUCGGGUACUGAGCAUCCGGGAUCGACUUCGCGAGAACGGACUGAAGGAUGAGAUCACAGUGACUCGAGACAGUCCCACUGCCGCCCAGUUUGACGGACACGAUACUCUGGGAUAUAUCGUGGCACAGCGGGCGACGGAAACAGCGAUUCGGAAAGCAAAACAAGUGGGGGUGGCUGUUGUGGGAGCCAACAACACAUGGUACACAGGCAUGUUGGCGUAUUAUGGAGAAAUGGCAGCAAAAGAAGAUUUGGUCACCAUCAUUGCCUCCAAUGCCAGCCCAUGGGUGGCGCCGCAGGAUGGAUACCGGCCGAUGUUUGGCACCAACCCUUUCUCUGUGGGCUUUCCCUCCGGCAGUGGGACACCGGUCAUAUACGACAUUGGAACGUCCAAAAUCCUGCAUGCCGACGUCCUCCUCGCUCAGCGCUUGGGCGAACAGCUCCCACCAGACUCCGCGUACAACUCGACGGGACAAUUGACCACCAACCCGGCGGAAGCGUUGGAUGGCGCCCUCGCCGUCUGGGGAGGUCACAGGGGGGCUGGUCUGGCCAUCACAGUGCAGCUGCUGGGUGUGCUGGCCGGAUCACCAGCCCUGCCCGGAAACCUGCACGACUUUGGAUUUCUAAUCAUUGCCGUGGACCCGGCCAUAUUCAGGCCGAUUGACGAGUUCAAAGCAGAAGUUGAUGCCUACUCGGAAAAAAUGAGACAGAGUCCUCCAUUGCCUGGGAAGGAUCCGUUGCGAAUGCCUUUUGAGAGAUCGGCAGCUUUGCGGGCAAAGACUUUGGAAGAGGGAGAAUUUGAGGUUCAAGACCAGGUUGUGGAAAUGCUGAAAACAAUGCUGAUAAAAUGA